ACUUGUCAGUGCAAACUGUCGUCUGUCAAUAAACUUUCAAAUGUGAAAUGUAAAUGUAAAUUUAUUUUGUGGAAAUUUAUGGAACUGUGACGUAUUUUAUUAUUAUCACAUCUUAUUACUAUGCCUACAGGCCGCGCUGUUUUGUUAUUACGACGUUUGUCGACAGGUGAUAAUAGAUUAAAAAAUAUUAAUUUAAACCACCACACUUCGAAGGAGUCUCUAUUUAUAAACCCGGUAUGCUUAAAUCGGUAUUUAAGCUUUAGCAAAAGAUUUUCUUCAUUUGGACAUACUUAUCUGUUUCCACCACAAAGAACAAGAAGUAUCAGUGAUAGUGUCAUCAGAAUGGCUACAGGUACUACAGAAACUAACCAAGCUGCAAAUCCUAAACAUACAAACAGAUUGAUUACUGAAAAAUCACCAUAUUUAUUGCAACAUGCUCACAAUCCAGUAGACUGGUAUCCAUGGUGCCAAGAAGCUAUUGAUAAAGCUAAAGAAGAAAACAAACUUAUAUUUCUUUCCGUGGGAUAUUCUACAUGUCAUUGGUGUCAUGUUAUGGAAAAAGAAUCUUUUGAAAAUGAAGAUGUUGCAAAGGUUAUGAAUGAGCAUUUUAUUAACAUAAAAGUUGAUCGUGAAGAAAGACCAGAUUUAGAUCGAGUUUACAUGCUUUUCAUCAUGGCAACUCAGGGAGGUGGGGGGUGGCCUAUGUCAGUUUUUCUUACACCUGAUUUACGCCCAGUAACAGGUGGCACUUAUUUUCCACCAGAAGAUCGGUGGGGACGCCCUGGUUUUAAAACAAUCUUGUUGUCUUUAGCGAAAAAGUGGAAAGAUAACCAGGCUCAGUUCCUUGAAGCUAGUAGUAAUAUUAUGGAUGCCUUAGAAAAUAUCUCUAAAGUAGAUGUGGAGACUACAUCGAUACCUGGCGAAGCAACAUGGAAUAAAUGUGUACGACGUUACAUGGCGUCAUUCGAACCACAAUUUGGCGGAUUCGGGACAGCUCCAAAAUUUCCUCAAGCUUCCAUACUUAAUUUUUUAUUUCAUUUUUACGCAAGGGAUAAAAAUGAUGCAGAAGGAAAAAAGUGCUUAGAAAUGUGCCUACACACUUUAACUAAAAUUGCUAAAGGCGGCAUUCACGACCAUGUAUCCAGUGGAUUCGCUCGUUAUUCUGUAGAUAAUGAUUGGCAUGUUCCGCAUUUUGAAAAAAUGCUUUACGAUCAAGCCCAAUUAAUGGUUGCUUACACUGAUGCCUACCUUGCAACAAAGAAUGAGUUUUUUGCAGAAGUUGUCCGUGACAUAGUUAAAUAUGUAAACAGAGAUUUACGACAUGAAUUAGGAGGUUAUUACAGUGCAGAAGAUGCAGAUUCGUAUCCAACAUUUGAUGCAUUACAAAAGAGAGAAGGAGCGUUUUGUGUGUGGGAAUAUAACGAACUGGAAUCUCUUCUUGGACAUAAAACAAUUGGAGCUUUAUCUUAUUUAGAAAUAUUUUGUGAUUACUUCAGUGUAGAAGAAAAUGGUAAUAUAUCACCUGAUAGUGACCCUCACGAAGAGCUUACAAAUAAAAAUGUUCUAAUCAUAUAUGGAAGUAAAGAAGAAACUAUGUCGAAAUUCGGUCUUACACAAGAUCAAUUCAAUGAAGUAAUAUCUGAUUGUAUUAAUAUAUUGUACGAAGAGCGAUUAAAGAGGCCAAGGCCACAUUUAGAUACUAAAAUUCUGUGCUCUUGGAAUGGGCUAAUACUCGCUGGCUUAUCACAGGCUGGACAAGGCUUAGGCGAAAAAAACUUUGUAGAAGAUGCAAUUAAAACUGCGCAAUUCAUCAAAGAAUACCUCUUUGACCCUAACACUAACACUCUCCUUCAUUCUUGUUAUAAAUCUGAUGAUGGAAACAUUGUUCAAACUAAUCAGCCUAUUCAAGGAUUUUUGGACGACUACGCUUUUCUAAUUAAGGGUUUGCUGGACUUGUAUGAAGCAUCUCUUGACUUAAAUUGGCUUAAUUGGGCACGUGAAUUGCAAAUGAAGCAGAAUGAGUUAUUCUGGGACGAUCAAAAUGGAGGAUAUUUCACAUGUUCUACUGAGGAUAAUACUGUCGUUUUAAGGUUAAAGGAAGAUCAAGAUGGUGCAGAACCAUCAGGCAACAGUGUUUCGUGUCACAACUUACUACGCCUGGCAGCUUAUGCAGACAAAAGCGCUAUGUCCGAAGGAGGUGAACUAGAGAAAGAAAUGGCAAAAAAAAUAUUAAUGGCCUUUUCAAAGCGUUUAAAUGACACGCCUACAGCUCUGCCUGAAAUGAUGUCUGCACUCAUGUUCUAUAAUGAUUCUCCUACACAGGUUUUAAUAGCGGGUGGUUGCUCGGACCCGCGCACGUUGGAGUUGGUGCGCGUGGUGCGCUCGCGGCUGCUGCCGGGCCGAGUGCUCGCCGUGUCCGACCCCGCCGCCGACGCGCCCGCCGGUAUGUCCGACAUACUGCUGGCGCGCGUGCGCAGUGCGGGCGACGUGCCGACGGCGUACGUGUGUCGGCGCUACGCGUGCUCGCUGCCCGUCACCGACAGCAAGCAGCUCGGCGACCUGCUCGACGAGUAGCGCGCAUCGACAGGGAGGACUCUCGGUAGUACGACUGCUCGAUGUUGAAUACUGUGACAUUGUUUUAUUUACGUAUGUAUAUGUUACUGUAAAAGCUCGAACUAAGGUAAAUCUUAAGGUUUUUCAGUAAAAUCUAAGAUUUACCGACAUGUGUUUAUUAUAAAGGACGACUUUUUCGGACUUUUACCAUUCCAACCUAACCUAACCUAACAUGUAAAUCGUAAGCUUUACCAAGUGAAUGAUGGUAAAAGUUCGAAUCCCAAAGUUUUAUGGACAUUUACCAUUCAUAAUCGGCAAAUCUUAGGUUUUACUGGAAAAUCUUAAGAUUUACCGUAGUUCGAGCUUUUACAGUAACAUGUAUAUUUUUAAAGAAAAUUUUUGUUCUCAUAUAUUUUAUUUCAGUAUUUGUUGUGAUUUUUUGUUAUUUUAUUUCAAGAAUUCUCGUUUUUGAGUUAUUUUGGAUUUGGUGGGUCGAAAUGUAGUGUAACUGCUAAAAUAAAACUUAAAAGUUUUAACAUAUUCUAUGUCAAAAUUAUACGAGUACGUAUCUCUUAUCAACAUUUUAGAUGUACCUAGUUGAUUUUAUACAAUGACAAUAAAUACUACGUCAUUAAAAUACAAAACAGAACAAUAAAGUUUAAGUUAGAAAAUAAUAUUAAAUAAAAAAUAACAUAAUUACUGACAAUUAUUAUAUCUCUAUAUCUAAAUUCGAUUACUUUAUCAAAACAUUGGUAAAUUCUAACAAAAGUUAACCUUUGACAAUAACCAACAAACAUGAAUAAAUAUUUAGGAUUAUAUUGUUUUUAUGUGUAAAAUUCUAGGAUGGUUUACCGUUCUCGGUGAAACAUUUAUAAACCAUAAAAUCUAUUCAAAACUUACGUAAAAUGCUUCAACUUGUUCUUAUAUAUACUAAUAAAAAAAAUAUUCUAUAAAUUAUUUAAUAAAUUCAAUAUUUUAUGUAUUUUAUCCUAAUCUAAAUUUGGUGCAAUUUCAUAAUUGUUUAACGAUAUUGAAUAUAAUAAUUUCUUGAUAACAAUUAUUAGACAUUUAAAUGAAACAUUAUCAGCCUUACUCAUAAGCGUUCUUUAGCGGGUGUUUAGUGAAACAUUGAUUUAUCUUGUGCCAUCCUUUAUUCGUCAUUUGAAAGAAGACAGCAUUGCUUAACUAAUGACCCCUUAAACAAUGUUUAUUGAUAAAGUCAUUGAUUUCGAAAUCUUAUCUAAUAUAUACUAUUUUUGAUCUCUAGUUUGUAGGUGGUUAACUAUACUUCUUUGUAACUGAAUAAAUCAGUAUGAUAAUAGCUUCGCAAACUAAUUUUAGUAGGACACUUCAAAUACUUCAAGUAACAUAAUUGUAUGCCUAAUAAAAUAUUCUUUCAGCUAUUAUUUCGAAAUAUACCUAUGAUUACUCCUCUAUAAGUUGGGAGAUAUGUCUGAAUAAAUUGUGAUAGUUUAACUCGAAUAGUCUCCAUAGUGAAACGGAAUAGAAUUAAUAAUACUCAUUGUUAUUAUUAUUCUCAACAAAUGAGACAAGUCCUUAGAGUAUGUAAAUGAUAUAUUAUUCUAAUAUAUUGUACUAUUGUACACAUUUAUUUUAUUUAUAUUUCUUUUAGUAAUUAGUAAUUGCUAAGCAAUUUUUGUUCACGUUAUUAUGCAAUAAAAUAAAAAUAAAAAAUAAUUUAGUUUUA